CCUCCUAGCGCUGUGGGAAACCAGCUGUACCCACGAGACUGCCGGCUGAAGACACACAUUCACCACUGCGGAACGGGUACCACUCCAGCCUCACCCUGGAAGAGGAGAACAGGAAGACAUGUUGGCUCGUGGGUUUGUCCCAGCCACAGGCACGUCUAGUGGGAACUGUGGUGUGUCCCCAACCGCUUUUCAGAAUGACAGAAGGGGACAUCUCUGUCCUGUCUUUGGGGCCGUCGACUCUCGACCUGUCGCAGCAAGACUACAGACCUGUCACCCGUCUCUACAGCAUGAACGGUGGACAUCAUCUGAGAAUUCUCCCGGACGGGACUGUCACCGGGAGCAGGCAGGAAAACGACAUUCACGCCAUCCUGAGAGUAAAAGCAGUGAGUGCGGGACUUGUAGUCAUAAAAGGGCUGAAAGCGGCACUCUACCUGACCAUGGACAAAGAUGGGCACGUUUUUGCAUCGCCCACGUUAAAGGACGAGUGCUACUUUCAGGAGACCAUGGAAGAGAACCAUUACAACACCUACAUGUCUCAGAAGUACAGCAACUGGUAUCUGGCACUGAAGAAGAACGGCCAGCCCAAAGCAGGCCCUACAACACACCUCGGCCAGAAGGCUGUCUAUUUCCUGCCACGACCGGUUGAUGAUAGCACUGCCAUGUAGAGGCGAGGGGCACCGCGCAGGAUCAGGUGACAGCCACUCCUGUCAACUAUGCAUUCUUCGCUAUUUCUGAUGGAAUCAUAAAACCAACACAUAUUGUGCACAUAUUGUAAAAUGACUGUAAGCAUGCUGGACACUGCCAUGUAACAGACCAACAGACUUCAAACAUGAGUAUUUAUGAAUAUAAAAAGUAGGCCCAUGUCUUUAUAAUCUUUUUUCAAGAACAUUUGAUCAUUUUUAUAAUUCUGCUAUGCAAUGCUGGAAUGUUAAUAGUUAUUUUUUAUGAAUUGAUCAUGCAAAACUUUGUCUGUAUUCAUUAUAAAUAGUGUACAUACUUAAAACA